GUGUAAAAUGUAAGUUUAGACAAAUGGUUGAUGAGAAUGUUUGUGAAUGGCAGCUGAAGCAUUGAACUCAAUAUUCCAACAAUGGGACACACAGUCGGCGGCAUUGUGGAACAUCAGUGGGGAGCCAUGCACCGGGUCAGCCAUAAGUGGGAGUGGAUUUGAGGAGACAGCUAACAACCCAGCUAUCACUUGUGACUGUACUUACAAUAAUUCUACCACCUGCCACAUUACUCAGCUGAGAGUGUAUGCUUUGAACAGAAGAGGAGUCAUUCCAGAGGAACUCACAGCUCUGACUUAUCUCACCUUUUUGAAGAUUGAUCAAAAUUACUUCACAGGUCCUUUGCCUUCAUUUAUUGGAAAUUUAUCCAAAUUGCAAUUAUUGUCACUUGCUCACAAUGCACUCUCUGGGACCAUUCCAAUGGAACUUGGAAAUCUCCAGGAACUAACAGUGUUGUCCUUAAGUUCAAAUAAUUUUUCUGGUACUCUUCCUCCAGAACUUGGAAAUCUGGUUAACCUUCGGGAACUUUAUAUUAACAGCCUUGGCGUAGGUGGUGAGAUUCCCUCAACAUUUGCUAACCUUGAGAACAUGCAAGUCAUGCGGGCAUCAGACUGUCCAUUCAGUGGAAAGAUACCAGACUUCAUUGGGAACUGGACCAAGCUUACAUCUUUGAGGUUUCAAGGUAACUCUUUUGAAGGUCCAAUACCUUCCAGUUUUUCUAAAUUGACCUCAUUGAGCUCUCUGCGAAUAAGUGAUUUAUUCAAUGUGAGCUCAUCUCUUGAUUUCAUUAAGGAUUUGAAGAACUUAACCGACUUAGUUCUGAGGAAUGCAUUAAUCACUGGAAGUAUUCCCUCUUACAUAGGAGAAUUCCAAAGUUUGCAAAGAUUGGAUUUAAGUUUCAACAACUUAACCGGUGGAAUCCCCAGUUCGUUGUUCAACUUGGGUUCUCUCGCUAACUUGUUUCUCGGAAACAAUAGCCUGUCUGGAACUCUUCCAACCCAAAAAAGUAAACAACUCCAAAAUAUAGAUUUGUCUUACAAUGAACUUUCAGGAAGUUUUCCUUCAUGGGUAACCUCAGGUUUACAAUUGAAUUUAGUGGCCAACAACUUCACAUUUGAUAGCUCAAACAGAAGUCUUUUGCCAGGAUUGAAUUGUCUACAGAGAAACUUCCCAUGCAAUAAGAAUACUCCACGCUAUGCCAACUUCUCGAUCAAGUGUGGUGGCUCAGAGAUGAGAAAUGCAGAAGGCAUAGUGUAUGAGGCUGAAAACUCAACUCUUGGAGCAGCAUCUUAUUAUGUUACCAGUACAGAAAAAUGGGCAGUGAGCAAUGUGGGGUUGUUUUCUGACAGAAGCAAUCCAUCAUAUGUUGAUAACAACUUGAUGCAAGUUACCGGCACUAAUACUCCAGAGCUUUUCCAGAGUUCAAGGAUAUCACCUGGAUCACUUAGAUACUAUGGCCUGGGACUUGAAAAUGGACCUUACAUAGUAAGUUUGGAAUUUGCGGAAACAGUAUUUAAAGAUCGAGAUACACAAACUUGGGAGAGUCUAGGCAGGCGUGUUUUUGAUAUUUACAUUCAGGGAGCCCUUCAAUUCAAAGACUUUGACAUAUCAAAAGAGGCUGGUGGGGUUGAGAGAGCACUUGAGAAAAAAUUCUAUGCUACUGUAUCAGAAAACUAUCUCGAAAUUCAUCUGUUUUGGGCCGGUAAGGGAACCUGCUGCAAUCCAAUCCAGGGUUAUUAUGGACCAUCCAUUUCAGCUCUCAGUGUUGUUUCAGAUUUUACACCAACUGUAGCUGGAAAUCCACCAAUUCCUCCCUCAAAGAAGAACAACACUGGGUUGAUUGUGGGUGUUGCAGUUUCUGUUGGAGUUGUGAGCAUGAUACUGAUAUGUUCAGUUCUUUACAUAAAAAGGAAAGCUUCAUAUGUCAAUGAGGAUGAAGAGUUUCUUGGAAUAGGCCCUAGACCAAACACUUUCAGUUAUUCAGAGUUACGAACUGCAACAGAAGACUUCAAUCCUGCAAAUAAGCUAGGGGAGGGUGGAUUUGGGCCUGUGUACAAGGGCACCCUUAAUGAUGGGAGGGUAGUAGCUGUGAAGCAACUUUCAGUAGCAUCUCAACAAGGGAAGAGUCAAUUUGUGGCAGAGAUUGCUGCCAUAUCUGCAGUGCAGCAUCGAAACCUUGUGAAGUUGUAUGGGUGCUGCAUUGAAGGAAAUAGACGGCUCCUUGUUUACGAACAUCUUGAAAACAAGAGCUUAGAUCAGGCUCUCUUUGGCAAAAAUGAUUUGCAUCUUGAUUGGUCAACCCGCUUCAAUAUAUGCUUAGGAACAGCUAGAGGGUUGGCUUAUCUUCAUGAAGACUCAAGGCCAAGGAUUGUACACAGGGAUGUUAAGGCUAGUAACAUUCUCCUUGAUGCAGAGCUCUUCCCAAAAAUAUCAGAUUUUGGACUGGCAAAGCUGUAUGAUGACAAGAAAACACACAUCAGCACCCGAGUUGCAGGCACAAUUGGAUACCUAGCACCAGAGUAUGCAAUGCGAGGGCAUCUGACAGAAAAAGCUGAUGUCUUUGGAUUCGGUGUUGUUGCUCUAGAGAUCCUCAGUGGGAGGCCAAACUCUGAUAACAGCUUGGAUACUGAAAAGAUAUAUCUUCUGGAAUGGGCAUGGAAUCUACAUGAAAAUAACCGAAGCUUGGAGCUGGUGGAUCCAACAUUGACAGCAUUUGAUGAUAGUGAAGCCAGUCGGAUCAUAGGAGUGGCUCUCUUGUGCACCCAGGCAUCACCAAUGCUGCGGCCAACAAUGUCGCGUGUUGCAGCAAUGCUUGCAGGAGACAUUGAAGUAGGCAUAGUUACAGCAAAACCCAGUUACUUAACAGAUUGGGAUUUCAAAGACAUAACAAACAGCUUUUUGAAAGAAGAUAGUCAGGCAUCUGUAGCAUCUAAGAGCCGGAAGCAGGAUAAUACAGCUGAUCAAAUGCCUUCCCCUGUUAGUCCCACUGAACCAAUGCUCCAUGAGAUCAUUGGAGAAGGAAGGUGA